AUGGAAAGGUUUGCCGUGAACAACUGGGCAUACAGCUGUAAUGGAAGAGGCACUGGAGACUUGCGUGUAACAAUCUUGGAAGGUGUGAACCAUAUAAUGGUGGCCAGUGUUCAUGUUACAAGGAUUCGUAUCCGGAAAAUGAAAACUGUUACAAGUGUCCGCGAAUCAGCCACUGCAAAGAGCAGACACAAGAACAAUGCAGGUCAGCGUACGGGACAUGCCAAAAAUGUGAAAAAGGAUACUACGGUGGCAAAUGCACCGAACCUUGCUGCUCGUAUUUUUCAUGUUUUCUCCUCUAUGCUGCAUAGCCACCUGUUCCUGGAACAAACAAUGGUGCUGGCCUGGGGAAUGCUCAGAUCAUCUGGCAUCAUCAUGCAUAUGCAGAAGAGGAUUUACGAAAGUAGAAGGACAAGACCUCACCAAGUGCGAUCUAUCCUGGCAACGUUUGUGGACAAAACUGACAACAGCAAUCCACAUCAUAUUUACAUCAACACGUCAGCAACCAACACAGGGAUUGUGAGUGGAACAGCACAUGUAUUUGUGGAGUUGCUCAAUGGAACGCACGAUCAUGUACAGGAUAUAGCUCUGAAUAGUGGCGCCUCUUGUCGAGACCACAUAAACAAUACCAAGCCUUCUCACAUGAUGGAGUGCCAAAUAGCACUGAAUGUGAGCCACUCUUUACAAAAUGGACAAAGAUUAUGUACACAAUUUGAGAUAUCAUCUGGAGGCUUUUUCAAGUAUUUUGAUUUUGGAAAGACUCCUAAUGGAACAGAGAUAUUUACUCGUCAGACUAAGAAUAAAACAUUGUGUCUGAACUAUGACAACGUAAAACCUAAGCAUUGUUUAUCGAAUCAGACGUCACCAUGUAACAAACUAUUAAUCGGUCUAAAUAGCAGAAUAACAAAAACCAAAAAUCUGUCAAUCCUUCUUGGAGAUGGUUGGGUAGAUGCCUGGCCUAAAGGCGGUUCACCCAAGCAUGCAUCUGGUAUUCUAAAAUUCAUCUUGGAAGUACAUGAAGUCAAAACAAAGGGGAAAGUGUUAGAAGUUGACAAAGGAAGUUUGUAUCCUCCACUUAAAGACGAAAUACUUGUUUCGAUGGAUCACAGUAUAUCUUUUGUUCUACCUAAGGCACCAGCUUUAUACUGUACCAUGCUUGAAAUUCACGAUGUUGCAGGCAAUGUCAGAUUUGCCAGAAGGUUUGUUCUGUUUGAUAAUGAAUCCAAAAUUGAGAUCAAAAACAGAAAUCCUUUGAGAGUCUCGACAGCAUCAAAAAUCACUGGAUACAAAUGGCAAGUAUUUCAUGGAUUGAUUUGUCUAAAUUGGAAUGAUAGGUAUUAUAACUCGUAUUACAUCAACAACAAUCUUUUGGCACCGAUUAACCCUGAUGUUGCAAAUGAGAUUACUGGUGUGUAUGACCAACAAACUGGAAAGCUUCCUGUGAAUGGAACAAAAAGUAUACAUGGCUUAACUGGUUUCAUAUAUUCCUAUUCGUUAAACAAUGGUUCAUUCACUCCAGAGAAAUAUGUGUAUGACUUUGAAAAGGAAUCUGUAUGUUUCAACUUCUCUCUGUCUGAUGGUGAUACAUAUGUAUUCAAGAUAACCGCUGAAGACGUCAUGGAAAACAGAUUAUGUGAAAAUGUAACCGUACACAUCGAUCGUACAGUUCCGUAUAUUAACAACAUGUGGUUGGUUAGGGGUGCGAACAAAGAGUUGUAUGUUCAUCACAGUACAGACUUGUCACACAUGGUGUUGGAGUUAGAGGCGACAGACCCACACAGUGGUAUCCUUUCAAUGGAAUGGUUUCUUGGGACUCAGUACAACACAUCUGAUCUUGGACAUGAAGCAUUGUCCAUCAUUAAACUACCAGUUAACAUUCAAGGGCGAGGGAAAACAUGUUGGAACUGUAUGUUAAAACUUACUUUAUCUAUAAUAUACUUUCAGAAAAACUGUCAAGAUGAUCAUUAUUGUUACUGUCCUUCUGUUGGUGCAUGUGCCUACUUCAACUAUACAGUGACCUUGAACAGAUUGGUACAUAACAACAAAAACAUCGGUAAACACAACAGAGAAUAUUAUUUUACAUUAAUAGCGACAAACGUGGCCCAGCUGAAAUCAUUUUACCAUCUGGAUAUCCUGGUAGAUGCAUCACCGCCUGUUGCUGGAGUCGUACUGGAGGGACCACCAGAGGGACCAGAUAUCGACUACACCAGUGAAGAUCAUGUAUACAUCAACAUACAUGGCUUCAUUGAUCACGAAAGUGGUAUCAGACUGUAUCAUGUUGCCCUAGCAGAACGAUGCUUAACAUUAAGCGAACUGACAAACACAGGAUAUGCUAACACAAGUAUAAUUCACAAGACGGUCAAUACGAUAAUAAAGUUAUCAUUUCCAAGCAAUGGACUUUUCUAUUCCUCAGUGGUUGCUUUUAAUAAUGCAAUGGAGCCAUCCAAUGUCAUAUGUUCAGAUGGUAUUACAAAGGACACAACACCUCCAAUGUUGAUUGAUAUGAUACUGAAAAAAGGACAAAUGCAUAGGGGAUUGUGGUGUAAAAACGCAAAAGCUUGGUAUGUUGACAGGAAUAUGACCUCUAGAGAGUUACAGCAGACACCAGCAUGUCAAAUGAAAUGCAAAAAUCAGGAAAGUCUGGACUAUGUAAAUGUCCUACCUAAAGCAAACGCCAUUACAGACAAUGACACGUCAAAUGACUUAUGCACCACAUUAUCUGUGCUAAAUGACGAAUCUGUUAUCUAUCUUCCAUCAGACAAAAUAUACUUGAAAUGGAAAACUAAUGAGCCAGAGAGCCAGAUUAGAGAUUAUGUUAUUGGUAUUGGUGAUGACAAGUCACAGACAGAUGCCCCAUCAGUGAGAUCUUACCAAUCAACACAUGGAAAAGAAUCUUUUCAUCAUUUACAUUCUGGCUUGACAAGCACAUCCAUAUUUUACAUAUUUCUGAAGACUACCAACAAAGCAGGUUUAACAUCAGUGGUUGUGCUUGGACCUGCCAUGAUAGAUGAGACCCCACCACAAGUAACAGAUAAGCUAAAUGUAACAAUAAUUAAGAAUAGAGUGUUCGUUACAUGGACCAAUGACAGCAUCAAAGACCCUGAGGAAACAAACAAUCAGUUUACAGUACUGUAUAGAAUUGGUGUUGGCGACUCGUAUUUGACAGCAAUCCUUCAGACACCUAAACGUGUGUUGCAGAGAUGUCGAAUGGAUGGUUUUGCAGGAUGUGUUCAGUAUCCUCUAAACACAUUGCAGAAGCAUGAUUCUGAGCAAAGUCUUCCCUUUUUCUUUGAACUCUAUAUUUACAAUACAGCUGGUCACUUCACACUGGUAAACACAGAAACCUUUAGGCUUCCAUCCAGAUUUCCUCCUGGAAAUGCCACAGUCUUUGAUAUAAAUCCUCUCCAUCAAGAAACACAGGCAGAUAUUGAUUUUCAUAAUGCUUCACAGCAAGCGUGUGUAUACUGGACUGGUUUUUAUCACCACCACAAUGUCACUUUCUAUGUUGGCAUAGGACAGCAACCAAAUUUUGAUGAUGUGCUUACUUUUGUCAAGGUACAACAGACCCCGGUAUGUUUCAAGUCCAGUGCAUUAAAUUCAAACAAGAAGUACUUCAUGUCUGUCAAGGCAGAGUGUUCUGGAGGCACUACAGUAUCAUCUUCUGAUGGCUUUAUGAUUAUAAAUGACAGUAAUGGACAAUAUACAAUUGAUGUUUAUGAUGGCGAUGGAUGCCACAAAAGUGUGUCAACAGGAGAUUUUAUCCCUUUGGUAAAAGAUAAUCAACUGUAUGGAUUUAGAGUUGAACAUCUCAUGCCUGGAAUAGAACACAGACUGUUUAUAACAAAUGUCCAUCUCAGUUUUGUUACAACAAAUAUCAGUUCACCUAAUGCAAUAAUUGUAAGCAAAGAUGUUAAUGGUUACUCCAUUUCAUUUAUACCAACGGUUUCUGAUACAGAACUGUUCCUAAACAAACCAGUUUCCAUAUCCAUUGCCCUCCAUGGACAUCAUCAAGUGUGCAUUCCCAUGGAUGUGUAUAGUUAUCAAGAUAUAUCUAUAUGUGCAAAGGUAUUUUGCACAUCUGCAUCUUCAGACAUAUUUUGUAAACCUGUAAAACUGGCACAAGACAUACACAACUAUAAACCAUAUAUACUAUACGACAUAGACAGCAAUGAUGUUAACUUUGAAAGAGCCUUAACUUUGAUAAAGAGUCAAUACCUUGAUAAAGACAGUAUGAACUUUGUACAUAGAAAAGAAAUCAACUUUGCAACAAGUGACAUGUUGAUUGGCGGUGUUCUAACCAACACAGCCAAUCGGAAUGUCUCGUGGUACCUGAUGACAAAUAACUAUCUGCCACAGGACUGUUCUUCUGACAAAACAUGCAUAUCAAAUCUUCAAACUGUUGGUGGUGUGGUGAAUUUUAGGAAGAUAUACUUGCAAAAUCGUAAACUAUAUUACAUAUGUGCGCAUGUCCAGGCAUCAAAAGUCAAGAGAGAAUUUUCUACCCAAAAACUGGAUUCGUUUGCUGGUUGCAGCAAUGGCUUUGUUGUAGAUGAUGAACCGCCAGAAUCAGGAAAUGUUAUCAUCAUUGGACAAAACAAUGGUUUUGUAACUGACGGAUCUGCACUUACUAUAACUUGGAACAGUUUCACAGAUGUUGAGAAAUAUGUCAACAUCCCAUUUGAAUCUGGAAUUGCUGGAUACGCUUUUGCAUUAGGUAAGGAGCCACUAUGUUGUGGAUCAUCUUUCUUUGAGUCUGGUUUACUUCAUUUAAUGGUUUAUGAAAACAAACUUGAUUAUGUGACGAACCAAGCAGGCUUAUUCACAGUACAACACACACCUCCUUUUAUGAUGGAUGAAUCAGCUCCUGAUAUUGGCAUUGUUAUAGAUGGUCUUGAUUUUGAAAAGUUUCUCUAUCUUUUGUGUUCAUUCAAGGAUGUUGACUACCAAGAGAAUACGACCAUAUAUCAUUGUUACUGGUCGGGUUUCAAAGAUGCUCAUUCUGGUAUUGGUAGCUACAAAGUUGGACUUGGAUCUGACAGAUUUGAAGCUAAUGUAGAACCAUUAGUCUCUGUUGGUCUCCGUACAAGUAUGUACACUUGUCAUAGUAUUAAACAAACACCUCUACUACACAGUAUUUUUAUAUAUCUGGUACUUAUUAGUUAUUCAAAAUAUUUCACGUGGAAUAUGCCAUUUAUCCCAGGAGAAAGGUAUUUUGUCAUAGUUGAAGCCUGUAAUGCAGCUGGCCUUUGUUCUGUGGGAUCGUCAGAUGGGCUUACCAUGGAUAACACACCGCCAACGAUAGGACGUGUCUUUGCAGGGCAAAAACAGAAUCACGAAAACUAUGUUGGUCACAUGUCAACAUUAUCUGGACAUUGGCUAGGCUUUGAAGAUCCAGAAACGGACAUUGUCAAAUUUGAAUGGUGCCUUGGUUAUGAACAAUAUAAGUGGUAUUCUUUUACAGAGUACAAACAGUUUCAGUCACCACCCAUUAUAGUUGACUCCACAGCACCACACAUACGACGAGGUCAAACUGUGAUGGAUUCUGAUAAAACGUGUGGAAUAGACUAUGAUUUUAUGACCAGGAGCAGUCUUAUAACAGCAUGCUGGGGACGUGUAUUCCAAGACUCUCAAAGUGGAAUUGAUUCAUAUGUUAUUCAAAUGGGCUCCAGUCCACAUGGAUCUGAUGCAAUAAAACCUCAGGAUGUUGGAAUGACAACAAACUAUUCUGUUUCCCAAAACCUACUUAAAGCAGGAACUAAAUACUAUGUUACUGUAAAAGCUAUCAAUAAAGCAGGCCUCUAUUCAGUGGCAUUUUCUGAUGGGUUUGUCAUAGACGAUGAACCCCCACUAACUGGUGUGGUCUUCAAUACCGCAGAACAUGUUAACCAAGCAGCACAAUCCUCACUUUCCUCAUUUGGAGUAUCCUGGCGUGGUUUCCAAGACCACCAUUCGGCUAUAGUCAACUACCAAGUGGCAGUCUAUAAAACUACAGAUGUUCUCUCAAAACUGUUCCAGGUCAACACUGGUUUUAAGAACAGCAUAGCUCUCAGUAACGUAUCCUUUGUUCAAGGAAAACGAUACCAAGCAUCUGUCACAGCUGUUGAUUCUGCUGGACAUGUCAGUAAAACCAUAAUGUCACCUCCCAUCCUGGUUGAUUCUAGUCCACCUUUUGGAUUCGAGUGUUCACAUUUUUCAGACAUCACGUUGAAUAUUACGUGGAUCAACAAACCAAAAUCCAACAAGACAUUGCAGACCAGCAACAUCAAAGGCUCCAUUGAUGUAUCGAAACAAUUAUAUUUCAAGAUUCGUGUCACUAAACCGUUUCAAACUGAAUACCUGUUUUCUGAAAUGAAUAUUUUCUUUAAAGUUGGUGACGCUUUUGUUCCAACACAGUUUUUAUUAACUGACAAUGCAACCAGAAUUGAAGCCCACCAUUAUUUCAUUGCACCAAAAUCUGGAAGUCUUGAUGUCGAAAUACUAACCGAACAGGCCGAUUUAAUAUCUGAGACAGAUGUCUUCAUGUUUUCUUGUGAUGAAAUUAAGCAAACUGUUGAUUAUAGGGCUUUGACAGUUCAGCAAAUAAUGCCAUCUCUUGUUUCCAUUUCUGCAGGAGUCAGUGAUCCGGAAUCCGAUCUUAUGCGAAUAAAGAUUGGUGCUGGAACGACAAAAGGAGGAUUUCAAAUACGACCUCUCAAGUCAACAUUUCUCCAUUUCGAUGAAUUAAUAGAAACCAAUAUCCCUCAUGGCACACCAGUCUUUGUUACAGUCACAGCUGAAAAUUCUGCUGGAUUAGUGUCUGUUUUCCAAUCAGACCCCUUGAUCAUUGAUCAUACACCACCUUCUAUUAGUAAGACUGCAGUAUCCCUGGUUUAUUCUUCUGACGGGAAUUACAAGAUGACUGUGACUGCUGACGUAACAUGGACCGUACGUGAUGAGGAGAGUGGAGUAAAAUCUUGCUGGUGUGCUUUAGGAUAUAAGCCACUAUCUAAACAUAUACAGCCCUGGACACUAGCCCCAGAAAUUACAAACUGUAGACUGAAUGUCGUCAAUGCUUCCCAUCAUCAGGAGAUUUAUGCCAGUCUGAAAUGUUUCAAUCAGAUUGAACUCCACUCAGCUGUAUCAGUGGGUCCUCGUAUUGUUCUGCUGCAACCGCCAUCAGCACAAAAAGGAAAGGUUAUGUUCAUACUGUCCAAUGAAUCGCCUGAAAGUACAGUCAGACCUCCAGCACAACUUGAUACAAAACACUUGCAGAUGGCCUGGGUCAACCUUGGCGAUGACCACAAUAUUAAAACAUUCCGUUACCGCAUCACAGCUGGAGGAGUACCAAUAACACAGUGGAAAAACACAAGUCUGAAUUAUGCUGAGCUUGAUGUUGAUCUUCAUGAUGGGCAGACUUGCACCGCAGAGGUGAUGGCAGUGGAUACCCGAGACCAACACAGUGACGUCAUUGCUGGUGCUCUUGUUGUUGACAGUCGCCCUCCCAUACUCACAGGUUCAACCAUUACAGCGCAAUGGCGGGAAGGCACGGUUUACUUAGACUGGGGGAGAGUAUUCUUCCAUCAGAGGUCAGCGUUGGUGUAUAGCAUCGCAGUCGGUUCGAGAAAUGGCUACACUGACUUGCUGCAUGAUUUAGAAAUGCAUGUAACAAGUGUCACGGUUAACGUGGACAGCUCUGUCAAAUCAGUGUAUGUUGUUAUCAAGGCAACUGCAGACAACGGUGAAUUUGUCAUUUACAGUACAUAUGCAUCAAGGCAAUGAGGGGCAUGACAUCCAAGAACUGUUUCUCCUUAUAAAUAUUACAAGUGAAAUAUGACAACUAGAACAACAUUCGUAUUCAAUAAUAAAAUGCUUUUGAAACGUAUUUAACAAUAUAAAUGUGUGACCUUUCUUAUAGUCAUUGUUAUAAUAACACAUAAUUAUAGCACUUAAAAUGUGCCAAUGAAAUUAGCAUAAAAGCAGAUACAAAACAAAAAUACGCCAAAUUUGUAUUAAAAAUAAUUAUUUCUUCUGGUGGUUUUAAUACUUUUUUAGUAUGAAAUAUUUAUCUGAUAUACGUUUUGUCCUACAAAUCUAUAACGUACAAAUGGUAAAAUCUCCCUCUAAACAACUUAUUUGUCAUGUCGUGAUGUUAUUCUUGCACACGAUAUUGGGAUCGACAUAUAAAUUAUAAACAUGAUUUUGAAUGUUGUUGUCAGUGAAUUGUAAUAAUAAUAACAGAUUAAAGUUAAUCGAUGAUAACAUAUUUUUAAUUCUGUGGCUCUAUGUCUUCAUAUAUAAAUAACAUUAACAUAAAUUAAUAAAUGUACGAUUUGGGGUUUUAAGUCUCUAAAAUGUUUAAUAUUCAAAAUAUGUUCACCGAAAAAUGUAGAAAACAGUUUUGUUUAUUUUUAGAGCUUUAUCUUUCUCCCUAGUUUUAUUUUUGGGUAUUUCGAUGAAUUCUUAGGGUUAAAAUAAAAACUUUUUCUUCAUAUUUACGAUAUUUAUCUUAGGUUAAAAUUCUAAAAUAAAUUGCAUCACUGUUUAGCUCGGCUAUAUUGUUCGUCAGCAGAGAUAUUUUAAUACCGAUUUGUCCAUCAUUCGUCCCUCAACUUUUCCUUUAAAGUCUAUCUUUGAAAUCGCAUCCAGUGUAUAUGACCCUUGAGCUUUUAAAUAGCGAAGCUCUCUAGGCCGUCAAACAUUUUGUUACAUUUUGUUGCUUUUUUAUUUUGUUUUGUUUUUGCUUCAUCAAAUGUAAAUUUAGAAUUGCAUAGGUAUUUUAUUUGUUUUUAUAAAUCAUAAAAUAAUGAAAUAAUUAUAUAGCCUAUUUUAUUAAUUAUAUAGCCUAUUUUAUUAGUUUACAAAUAUAUUUGUAAUACAUUUUUAGCUUUAGCUUAUUUUAAUGUAAUUGUAUAUUUUGUGCUAAUAUAUUUUAAUUAACGAAUACCAUGGUGGUAUAUACAGUAAUAGUUAUGUGAGUAAUUUGUAUAUAGGGGCGGAUCCAGGAUUUGACUUUGGAGGAGAUUCAGAUAAAAAGAGAGGUGUUAAGAGGUGGGUUGGGGGGGGGGGGGGGGGGG